AGAUGGCGCUACACUCCUCAUCCUGUCGUGCCGCGGUGCACUCUGGGAUACAACAUGUCUGUCGCCGCUGUUGUGAAGUUGUGAGCUCAGCGCGUCUGUCUCUGCACACCUCUCAUCUGUCCUGUCCCCGCGCAGGUCCCGCGCGGGUUCCACACCAGUGUCCCUGUGCCGUGUCCCGGGGCCUGUGCCGUGUCCCGGGACCUGUGUCGCUGUGGGGAUGUCGUCUUCUGAGAGGAGAGUGUCCAGCUCCAGCUCCAGGACAGAGGACAGCCGCACAUCCAGAAACAGGAAUGGGGAGAAGAGGAAGCGCAGACGCAGUCGGAGCCGGUCCUCCUCUUCCUCGUGUAGCUCCUCCUCCUCUUCCUCCUCUUCUUCGUCACACUCCUCUCACUCCUCCUCCUCUGCGCAUUCAUCCAGCCGCAGCAGCUCCAGCAGUCCUGACUCACGGAGCCAGUCCAGAAAAGAGGUGAAGAAGCGAAAGAAGGAGAAGCAGCAUAAAAAGAAAAAUAAAAAAGACAAGAAGCACAAACGCAAAAAGGAGAAGAAAUCUAAAGGAGAUGAGGGCGGGCCUGUACAGAUCUCAAAGUAUCUGAAAGACCGAACAAAAGGCAGCAAGUACAGCAUGAUCUCAGGGAAGAAGAUCAAGAUGAAGGUGAAAAAGUCCAAGAAGGACAAGCAGAGGGACAAGAACCGUGCAGAGCUCCUGGAGUUUUUGAACUCUACCCUGUGACCCCUCUAUGACCCCUCUAUGACCUCUGAGAGACCUCUGACAGCAGAACCACCAGCAGCACUGCACAUGGAGGCUUUCCCUAUGUCACUGUGUUUAGAGAGAGUCUUUUUAGAGUAAUGGAUUCAGAGGAACAUCCCUGAGGAGCCUCCAGACUGUCAAACUGCUGUGCCACUGCGACAGAAGACAUGACGCUCUGUCACAAUGUUCAUCCAAAACUCUUUUCUUUUAUUUAGAAAUGUUUUUGACAGACUCUUUGAUAAUCACAGUUGUUUGUUGUCCUUUAGUUUGAUUUAUUUCAGUGGCUCUCAAGCUUUUCACACCCAGUACCACUUAAUUUGCUUAAUAAGCAGUGGUUUAGUUAAAAGUUAAAAGAAAAAAAAAUUAAACUGGGCCAGUCAACCUUAUAAAUGUGUGGAGGACUAUUUGUUGCCUAGUAUAAUUAAUCUAAUGAUACUUAAAUGUCCUGUAUUACAUUAAACUGACUCUUGUGAGCAUUUAGCCAUGUUCUAAAGCUGUUACCUCCUCAAACACAUACCUGGAGUUUUUUUUUUUUUUUCACAUUAUUACUAUAAUCCUGAAUUAUUCAAAUUUUAUUCAGAAUGCUACAUUUCACCUUGUGAUGUCAUUCAGUGGUAGUUUUAAAGUUAACAGCUGAUUUUUAACUUCCGUCAAACUGCUGUACUUUUCAGUACUCUAGAAUAACCUUAAGUUAUUGCUUUCAUUUUUGAAAAUAUUUGUGUUACCUUUGGCGCAGUUGAGAUUGUCAAUGGAAAGCAGUUUUAAUGAGGCUAGAACAAUAGCUGUGGCUUCAAAGUUUUCUGUUUGAGAAAAAACUCUAAAUAUGCAGGUUUGUGUGUUAAACAUGUGUGAAUGAAACAAAACACAACUCCAGGUCUGUUUGUGAUGAGGAAAACGAACAGAUCAGAACAUUUAGUGUCGCAGAGCCACUGGCUUUAAGGGUCUCUUCUACAGGGGUUUCCAGAUAAUUCACUUUGAAGUUUGAAUUGGGAAACUUUGUUACCACUGUAACACAACAGCAGAGAGGUUUUGCACUUCUGAGUACUCCAAAUGGUGUGGGAAAAGUUUCAUCGUUUAGUUUUUGUUUUGAAGUUAUUGGAUGGUAUCUUUUAAAGGUACACUGUGUAACUUUUCUGAUGGAGGGUCUGUCACUUGCUUGUCUCCAGAGAGCUGUUAUCGUCUCUGACGUGGAAUGUUUUAGGUAUUUUCUAUGUGGCAUUUCCCCUCUUUCAGACUAAAAAAAAUGUUGAAAAAUGUGCAUUCUUACUGUGACUGGGGCUGCCUCUGCACAGUUCUGACCUGGCCAUGUGGCCUGCAUGACUUUCAUUCAAAAUCUUUCUGCUUGGAAUGAACAGAGCAAUUUGGAGAUGUAAACACAACCAGUCCUCAUCUCAUUCAAUGUUUUGUCUUUUAUUUUUUACUACUUUUUACAUUUUAAAUACACAGAAGACAUCAAAUAUAUGAAGGACGAUGUAUGGAAUCAUGUAGCACAGAAAAAAAGUAGUUUUGUUUUUUUCCUUUUCAUAGUCUAUAUUCAAAACCUCAAAGUAGCAACCCUUUGCUUUGUUGAAAUAUAUUUAGUUAUAUUUAGUAUAUUUUUCUUUACUACAUAAUUCUAUUCCUUUCUACAUUUUACAUACAAAUAUAUAAAGUAAGAUAUGGAAUUAUGUAAUAAAGUCUACAAAAUAUUUUUCAACAAAGAAAAGUACUACUUUGGGGUUUUUAAUAUAAAAUGUAUAUGAAAAAUAGUUUUUCUUUGCAGCAUAGUUCCAUAUAUCUUGCUUCAUAUAUUUGUGGUGUUCUGUUUGUAUCUAAAAUGUAGAAAGUGGUAAAGAUAAAGAAUAGAAAGACGUUGAAUGAGAGGGUGUGCCCAAACUGGUAGUGUAAGUUUUAACGGCAUCCAUUGAGAGAAGCAGGUGGCAGACCCUCCACCACAAAGUUCCAUAAUCCAGCUUUAAGCUUCAUAUGUUAAAAGUAAAACUGCCGUACACAUGCAAGAGGACAGUACUCGGCUGAAUCCUUCAUAUUAUUUGUACCUUUUAGUUUUGGAAGCUGAACCUUUGUAAAUUUGUCUAGUUAACUGUAAAUAUGAUGUAAAAUGUAAAGACAUGACAGGUUUAAUUAAAGCCCACACAGAAA